AUGACGAUCCCAACCGAAGCCAAAGUAUUCAGGCGGACACACGGUGACCUCCCACGGACCGUCACGCAGGUCACUGAGCCUGUUCCCACCCCGGGCGAUCUUGGAGCGCACGAUGUCCUCGUAAAGAUUCACGCCGUAUCGCUCAACUUUCGCGAUGUGGCCAUGUUAAAUGGCAGAUACCCUGUCGAGGUCGAGGAUGAGGGCAUACCAUGUUCCGACUGCGCCGCCGAGGUUGUUGCUAUCGGUUCCUCUGUUGGCGACUUCGCCAUUGGAGAUAAGGUGGCGCCCAUCUUUGACAUCAACAACUUUACAGGCCUGGAAGAGGAUGAGAACUGCGCGCUUGGAGGCUCUACGGCCGGCGUCUUACGGGAAUAUGCGGUCUACGAGGAUAGAGUGCUUGUUCAUCUUCCGAAGCAUCUAUCCUGGGAAGAGGCUGCCACCCUCACAUGCGCCGGCGUAACGGCAUGGUCGUCUCUUAACGGCCUUGAAACAAGCCGAAAGGAUCCCGUCGCUCUGAUGCAAGGAACCGGAGGUGUUAGCCUGUUCGCGCUCUUGUUGUGCAUCGCCAACGGCUGGAAGGCUAUUGUCACGUCUUCGUCAGAUGAAAAGCUUGAGGCCAUCAAGAAGAUGGGAUCCGAUGUCCACGGCAUCAACUACAAGACGACCUCCAGCCAAAAAGAGGAAAUUCUCCGCAUCACCAAUGGGAAAGGUGUCGAUGUCGUGGUUAACAAUACAGCCAAGGUGCAGGGCAUCGGCGUGGGCUCGAAGCUUGAUUAUCAGCGCAUGAACCGUUUCAUUGAAGAAAAUAACAUGUCACUCACGCCCAUCAUCGACAAAGUCUUCACGUUUGAGGAGUCUGCUGCUGCUUUUGAUUAUCUGUACUCAGGACAGCAUGCUGGCAAGGUCGUCAUCAAGAUCUAA